AUGGCGAGUCAAGUGCGGAAGAAGUGGAGGGUGCGGUGGAAGAAGGUCGUUCUGGGGUUGCUCACUCCCUUGUAUCUCUCCUCAAUCCUCUGCAUCGUUCUGUUCUUCGUCUUGUUGGGCACUUUCUAUGGGCACUUCCUCAACAUCCUCGACUUUAGCGACGUGGAGCACAGGAAAGGCUUCGGAUUCUGGGGGAACAAGAGCACAUUUGUGCGAGGGAGCCAUCAAGAUCUGAAGAGGAACAAUGCAGGAGAUAAGCAUGGGGGGAACGAGCGGCAGCCCUACGAAACGAUGGAUCAAGGGAUGAACAAGGCGCUCAAGUUUUCGAAGAAGAUUUGGCCGUCCCUUCACAGAACUCCUCCUCCCUCUGACUCCCGUCCCUCCGGCGUGUCAGAGCAGAAGGAUAGAGCAGGUGAGCAUGGAGGGGAUGAAGCUCCUGAGGCGGCACACAAACAAAAACUUUCACCUCCGUCUGCUGUCCUCGCUCAGCACAAGCCUAUAAGCAUCAUUGACAACACUGCUGUCUUUGUUUGCGAUGGAGACCAGAAGCUGAACAUGUCCAAAGUGAAUGACGACUACUGUGACUGUGUGGACGGGACCGACGAGCCAGGCAAUGAGUUGCCAUGUGGAUCUUUGGAGUUCCGACAGUGCUGGACUGACCCGGAGGUCUGGUUGUGCAGGUUCAAGUGCAAGAGGAGGUAUCAUGGGAUGCAGGAGGACAUGUACAUCUUCUCUAGCCGGGUGAAGGACGGAGUUUGCGAUUGUUGCGAUGGCUCAGACGAGAUCGGAUCGUAUGUCAAGCCUAGAGACGAUCCCGAGUCGGAGAUUCUCAUUCAAGUCAGCCUGUCUGCUGCCUUCGGCCUCGAGCAUACGGCUCCACCGCAGCGGCAGCGGGUCAAGAGGAGGUCGCGCCGUCCGGCCAUCGUCUCGUAUGCAAGCUCCGUUGCCAUGCUCCUGCUUGCAGUCAUGGCAGUUGUUGUGCUGAUGAAGGGCGAGAGGAAAAACCGGGUGGAGGAUCUGAUCGAAGCAAGCACAUCCUCACCUGAUAACUGGGUUUUCAACAUUAGCGCAGCGCCUUUAGAUGACCAGACGAAGAUCAAGGCAGGCUGGAUGAUGUGUUGCAGGAGAAACGGAUCAGACAUCCCUAAACCUGUUUAUCCUGGCUACUUCAAUGAUUGGCCCUCCGUGCCGGUUUGCAUUCCCGGGUUCGUCUUGAUAGAAACUCAGGCCGGCCCAACUUGCACAGCAUGUGAGGAGGGAAAGUACUGUCCCGAGAAGAAAGACUUGGUCCUCACUUGUCCAGCUCCACUUACAAGUCGCCGAGCCAGCAGAAGCAUCGAAGAUUGCUGGUGUCCGGAAGGAAUGUACGGGGUGGAUGCAACGCAUGAGAACAAUGGGAAUUGCCACUCCUGUCCUGUGAACAACUUCUGCCCCGGGCAAUUCGACCCGAUUCGUUGCAAGUCGGACGAUGUUGUCAAGUGCUUGCAUUACCCUUACAAUAAUGACAAGUGGCCUGCGAUGAAGCAUGAAUGUCCACCUGGCUCAGACACAGGUGGUCUUGAAGGGCAAGGAACUUGUAUGUGCCAACCUGGCUAUUAUCAGAAUCCCCACAUGAAAGAUUUGGAUUGUAUAGAAUGUGAGGCAGGCUACUAUUGCCCUGCCAAGUCCACCCCUCAGAAAUGCGGGGCCCAUGAGAUGAGUGUGAAAGGAAGCGCUACCAGGGCACAGUGCUUGUGUGUGACUGGAUACGUGAAAGAAGGCGGUGAAUGCAAGACGGUCUGCAAGGCAAAACCAGGAGAGUACUGUGAGAAGAUAGCAGGAUCCGAUCCAGAAAACCCCCUCUAUAACCUUCUUCCGUGUCCUCAAGGAUACUACUGUGUUGGCGGUCGAGGCGGAACUAAGGCCCCAUGCCAAGCUUCACCAGGUUCGUACUGUCCCCAGGGAACCUCGACUGCCACUGGUGUCUCUUGCCCCGUUGGCCACGCUUGUGCUGGUCUGCAAAGCGACAAGGUGGAAUGCGCUGUGGAGAAGGGCUACUCCUGUCCGCCGGGUCAAGUUUCCUCCCCUACCCAGGGGGUGGAAUGUCCCGAAGGAUUCUACUGUUUGGGGGGCUCGAAAGCUAAGCAGCCAUGCACAGCUUCUCCUGGAUACUUUUGCCCGAAGAAAAGCUUUGAGCCUUCUGGCGAAAUCUGUCCAAUCGGGCAUUUCUGUGCUGGUGGGAGUGCCAUCAAGGUAGACUGUACGGCAUUGCCAGGCUUCUUCUGUCCGGAAGGAUGGGCUCCGGAACGCAACUCUGACCCUCUUGCUGGGAAGAUUUGUGAUGGCGGAAACUUCUGCACCGGAGGUACCACAGGGCCUCAGCCAUGCCAAGCGGAGCCAGGUUUCUUCUGCUCAUCAGGAAGCUCAACGGCUGCGGGCCGAGAAUGCCCUGUUGGACAUUUCUGCAUCGGCGGGACGAGUUUGGCGCAAGAGUGCACCGCAGCUCCUGGCUCAUGGUGUCCUCCCAAGUCCAAGGCGGCAGCGGGCGAAGUUUGCCCGGCGGGCUCUGCUUGCAAGGGAGGAUCGAGUGACAAGCUCCCCUGCGUCGCUGGUCCAGGGAGCUACUGCCCCGAAGGCUCUCAGUCCUCACUGGGUGUGCAUUGCCCCCAAGGCAAAUUCUGCAUUGGAGGCACAGCAUUGCCCGAUUCUUGCGCUGCGGCUCCUGGGUACUACUGCCCUGAGGGCUCGGUUUCGCCCAAUGGCGCCCAGUGUCCUCCUGGCUUCACUUGUCCAGGAGGCACAGCAGACAAGGCGCCUUGCACAGUCAGUCCUGGAUACUUCUGUGCCAGAGGGACAGCCUCUGGUCAAGGGACCCUCUGCCCCGUUGGAUCUUACUGUGCAGGAGCAACAGCAGUGCCCAUGAUCUGCGGAACAGAGCCUGGGUCGUACUGCCCGCCAGGAUCUUCCUCCUCUUCAGGUGUGAAAUGUCCCGUGGGCUUCUGGUGCGAAGGAGGAAGCAGCGACAAGACUCCCUGUGUCUGCGAGGAAGGAUACUACUGCCCUAUCGGCAGCUCGCUGCCCGAGGGUGUGAAGUGUCCUGUCGGACAUUUCUGUGAAGGUCUUGAUGCCAACAUGAAGCCUUGCACUUCAUCUCCUGGAUGGAACGCGUCAACCGGAGCAGAACCUCUGGCGGGCAAGAAAUGUGAAGCUGGUUUCUACUGCUCGGGAGGCUCCGAGAACGCCAAGGUCUGCACGGCCCCGGCUGGGCGGUACUGUCCGAGCGGGAGCAGCGACGCGAACGGGGUAGAGUGCAUCGUGGGCUACUACUGCGUUGGCGGGAAGGAGGAAGCCAAGCCUUGUCAAGCAGACCCGGGGCACUGGUGCCCCCCGGGCUCGAGCAGCAUCAAGGGAGUUCCCUGCCCGUCGGGCUCCACUUGCUUGGGAGGUUCGCACGGCCUGACGGCAUGCGACGCUCCUCCUGGAGAGUUCUGCCCUGAAGGAAGCGCCGAGACGCAUGCUUGCCCUGUGGGCAAGUACUGCUCUGGUGGAGCAGCAGAGGCUGCUGAUUGCAAGGCGCUUCCUGGGUCAUACUGCCCUGAAGGCACUGGGGACGCCUUUGGUGUCUCCUGCCCUGCGACGUUCUACUGCCCUGGCGGAACGGAAGACAAGAAGGAUUGUGCAGCCGACGCAGGAGGGAACGCAGACAAAGAGUUGUGCUCGUGCCAACCCGGGUUUUACUGCCCUGGUGCCUUGGAGACUCGGAGGUGCUGUAACUUUGCAGGGGGGAAGGGGGGGGAGGAGGAGGAGGACAAGCUUCCCUGCAUGUCUCCCCCCGGACUCUACUGCCCGGAGGGUUCGGACAACAUGAACGGGACCAAGUGCCCUGAGCGCUUCUACUGCACUGGUGGCUCGACGCUGCCGCAGGAAUGCAACUCGGAGCCUGGGAGGUACUGCCCAACUGGAGCCUACCGACCGUUGGGAAGGACCUGCCCAGCAGGGUUCUACUGUCAGGGGAGCAGCAGCCCAGACGGGAUCCUCUGCCCAGCUGGGAGCUACUGCGCCGGAGGAUCUGCUGUGAAAGCCGCAAACAAGGAGGACUGCGAAGCAGCUGCGGGGAGCAGCGGCGCCGGACGCAACCUCGCCAUGCCCUCCUGGACACUACUGUACGUCUGCGCGAAGUCAAGGAAGGAGGUGGAGGAGUCAGGGAUUAUCUGUCCUGUAGGACAAUGGUGUGCAGGGGGCGACGCCGACAAGGCCGACUGCAAGGCUGCAGCUGGAUCAUUCUGUCCGCCAGGGAGCUCGCAGGAGCACGGGACCACAUGCCCGGCUGGAUACUUCUGUACUGGUGGCACGGCAGACAAGAUGCCCUGCACGGGCCCAGCAGGAACUUUCUGUGCAACUGGCUCGUCCAGUGCCAACGGGCAGAGCUGCUCAGUGGGCUCCUGGUGCCCUGGCGCCUCGGCCAGCCCGACUGCAUGCACAGCCCCGGCAGGGUCCUACUGCCCAGCUGGCAGCGCUGCUGGAGCCAACGGCGUCCCUUGCCCUGAGGGCUUCUUCUGUGCUGGGGGACAGGCCGAUAAGCAGAAGUGCUCCAACUCCCCGGCUGGGUACUACUGCCCCGACGGCUCGUCGGAUGCGGUUGGGCACGAGGUUCCCCUGGGCUUCUACUCGCUGGAUCAGAUGCCGGACAAGGUUGCGUGCACUUGCGAGCCAGGGUUCUACUGCCCCAAGGGCUCCACAAGCACCAACGGAGUCAAGUGUCCAGUCGGCAGCUUCUGUGCUGGAGGUUCAGCCGGGGCAGUAGCCUGCAGCGCAGCAGCAGGCUUCUAUUGCGGUCCUGGCUCCCCAACAACAGAAGGGUUCAAAUGUAAGAUCGGCUACUACUGCCCAGGUUCUGCCCUGGUAGUCCCUCGUUGCACUCCACAUGCCUCUGCGCUGACUGCAUCCAUCGCAGAGGGGUCGACAGACCCAGCAGGAGCCGUCUGCCCGGACGGAGCCCUGACCUCCUCCUCUAGGUGUGCCGGCGGCAUGGCGAACGCCAAGCCUUGUUCCGCCGAAGUCGGCUCGUACUGCCCCGAGGGCAGCACAGACCCGGCAGGCUCAUCCUGCCCAGCUGGGUUCUUCUGCCCUGGUGGUAGUCAAGACAAACAAGCCUGCCAGGCCCCAGCUGGGAAGUACUGUCCAGCUGGCAGCCCCUCUGCACAAGGCAUCCAGUGCCCUGUGGGCUUCUUCUGUACAGGAGGCAACGCAGACAAGCAGCCGUGCACUUGUGCCCCUGGCCACUUCUGUGACGCUGGCUCCUCCUCCCCCCUCGGCAUCACCUGCCCAGCUGGACAUGUUUGUCCGGGAGGCUCUGCUGGGAUGACCAACUGCCAGGCGCCUGUGGGUAGCUACUGCCCUGAGGCAACUUCUGCGAUGGAGGAUCGUCCUUGCCGUCUCCGUGUCAGGCUAGUCCCGGCAUGUACUGUCCGGUGGGAACAGGAGCUCCUUCGGGUGUCAAAUGCCCAGCUGGCUCCUGGUGUCAAGGAGGAGCAGCUGGGAAGCAGCCUUGUCAAGCGGCUCCAGGGUUCUACUGCCCUGAAGGGCUACUACUGCAUGGGAGGCGCAACUCCUCCUCAGCCAUGCCGAGCUGCAGAGCCCGGGUUCUACUGCAAGAAGGGCUCGUCCAGCUCCGACGGCUCCGAGUGCCCAGCAGGACAUUACUGUCAUGGCAACGAUCGCUUGGCCGUCGCUUGCACUGCUGGGUUUUACUGCCUCGGGGGGUCGCGUGACAAACAGCCAUGCAACGCUCCUACUGGAAAGUUCUGCCCUGAAGGAAGCACUGACGAGGCGGGCAAGCGAUGCCCCGUUGGCUACUACUGCGAGGGAGGACAGAGUCUUCCCAAAGCCUGCACAGCUCAACCAGGAAACUUCUGCCCUGAAGGCAGCACCAACGGCGCAGGGGUAGAAUGUCCAGCUGGCUUCCAUUGCCCAGGAGGACACGAGAAUAAGGUGCCUUGCGACAUCUUCUUCGUCCACCCCGGGUCCUACUGCAAGGCUGGCAGCGCCUCUACGGCUGGCGAUCAGUGCCCAGCAGGUCACUGGUGUGCUGGGGGCCAGGCCGUCCCCGUCCCCUGCGAUGUGGCGCCGGGUCAAUAUUGCCCGCUGGGAACUCCGACCCAGGCUGACUCGAAGCCCUGCCCCGAAGGAUUCUUCUGCCUCGGCGGAGCGAACGACAAGCAGCCAUGCACAGCUGUUCCUGCUGGCCGUUACUGUGCGGAGGGAUCGCCCUCUCCGGACGGGACCGAAUGUCCAGUUGAUCCCCAGCUUGGAGCAUUCUGCUGUGCUGGAGGAACUGCUGGAAAAGUCCUGUGCCCGAAGCCUCCACCAGUCGUCCAGCUAGCAGAGACGCCUCCUCCCAUGAUGUGCAGCUGGUGGGCGAACAGGAAGAGGACGCAGGGGGUGAAGCCGGACCCAGUCUUCCAGUCCAUCGCUAGAUUGGAUGACACCACGAAUGGCUUCAUUGAAGGGGUGAUGGAGCUCCCCGUCGACGGUCGGUGGAUCGCCAGGUUCGGAUUUUUCGUGCCCAGCAAGGGCCGAGCUGACGCGGACGAGAUCUUUCCUGUUGAGAAAUUUGACACGCCUGACGAGACCGACGAGUACAAGCUGAACAUUAACGGUCAGGAGAGGGUCCUGUACGCGUCCAGGAGCCUCCAGGGUCACAAGGAGUCGAUCGAGAUCGUGUUCGAGGGGCAGGAGCUGCGGUACAGGUUUGACUACAAGUCAGCCAAGGUGCCGAGAUUCGUUCACGCCUUCUUCUCCAACGCCGAGGUCACUCUCAUCCGGGACAAGAACCUUCCUCCCUCCUCCUCCUCCUCCUCUGGAAGGAUCGUGGCGGAGGCGACGGACGCCGUGGACGGCAAGACGCUAUCGGUGGGGCGGUGGGUGAGCAACGGGUACGUGGAGGGAGGCGGUGGAAGGAGAGGAGCGGAGCGGAGGGGAGUGGAGAGGAGAGGAGAGGAGAGGAGAGGAGAGGAGAGGAGAGGAGGAGCGUCGGAGAAGCCGGAGGAGAGAGGCAGGUAG